GAGAUUUUAUCCAAUGCGAUGUCUCCCGCCAGCUAGCAGCGAAGGAGCAGAGUCCAACUCCCACUACGCUGCAGAGUAUCGCCGGAAGCCACCGCCUUAAAGAAUGGCCGUGUGCUUUAGCACCAGCUGGCCGUCCGCUUCCCUCACCGCCAUCCCGUCCACCGGACGAACCUCUCCGGCUCCGCCGCCGGCGUCGCCGCCACCUCUUUCUUUCCCCCCAAACCCUAACCCCGCCCCCUUGCCCUCCUUAACCUGCGCCCUCCAGUGCCCUCACUUCCAGUCGUGUUCGGGUUGUACUCAAGAGUACAAUCUCCACCGCCCGGUCAUUCUCGACGAGGUCGCCGAAUUCUUCAAGAAACACGGCGUGUCUGAUUUCAGUUUUGAUAGUUGUAGACUCUGGGGAUGGAGGUGCCGCGCAAAGCUGGCGGUUCGCGGCUCUUCGACUAGCCCUCUGAUUGGGCUCUACGAAGAGGGUAGUCAUAAUGUAGUUGACAUUCCUGACUGCAAAGCUCACCAUCCGAACAUUAAUGCAGCUGUCGAGCUUCUGAAGCGAGGCGUCAUUGAAUUAAAUAUAGAACCAUAUGAUGAAGAUCAGGGGACAGGUGAAUUGCGGUAUGUGCAGAUGGCUGUGACCACACACAACACUUCCCUUCCUUCUUCUGAAAGAUAUAGAAAUGGUAGAGUACAGGUUGCUUUGGUUUGGAAUUCCAGAAGUGAGAAAUCCUCUUCUGCUGAAAAGUUAACUGCUUUGGCCAAUUUCUUAUGGAGAUAUGGUGGGCCGAAGAAAGUACAUUUAAUUCAUUCUGUAUGGGCAAAUUUCCAAACUUCAACUAACAAUAUAAUAUUUGGCCAUAGAUGGAGGCAUCUUCUAGGGGAAAGAGACUUUUGGGAGCAUGUUGGAGGAAUUGAUAUUUCCUUGGCUCCUUCUAGCUUUGGUCAAGCAAAUACAAGGGCUUUUGAUUCUUUGCUGACGAAAUUGCAAAAGUAUGUCCAUUUUGGGGCAUCAGUUGCUGAUCUCUAUGGAGGAGCUGGUGUUAUUGGAUUAUCUUUAGCUGCCACUAGAAAAUGCAGGUCAAUCCAAUGCAUUGAGGUCAAUAAAGAGUCAAAGCUAUCAUUUGAGAAAACAGCUGAGCGGUUGCCAAAAUCCAUAGACAGCAAUAUCAGCUGGCACCAUGCUGACACUUCAAUAGAACCUAUCUCAUGGCUGGUGGGAUCAGAUGUUGUCGUGGUUGAUCCUCCAAGGAAAGGGCUUGAUCCAUGCCUGCUUGAUGCACUGCAAAGUAUAUCUUCAGUAAAAAGAAAAGGCAAUCCACCUGAAAGCCCUGUGUUAAAGACAAAAGAUGAAAAGCGACCUUGGAUUCUACGAGCCAGAGAAGCUUCAGUUCAGAUUCAAAGUAAAACUGCUCAUGAGGAAAGUCAGUCUCUUCCUCAAACUCUUAUUUAUAUAAGCUGUGGAUGGGAAAGUUUCAAAAAGGACUGCACAUCAUUACUGUCCAGCAAGGCGUGGCAUUUAGACAAUGCCCAUGGUUUUAAUUUCUUCCCUGGCACCCGAAGCAUUGAGGUGUUGGCUGUCUUCAAAAGAGGCCCUGGGGGAAAUCUGAAGAAAAAGAAAUCAGGAAAAAAGAAAAAAUCCUCAUGAAGACAUCUCAUCAUGGCCCAGCACAUAGUUGUUAGCAAUGGUCAGAUGGAAGUGCAGAAUGUGUUUAAUGAGAACAGAAGGAAGCACGAAAAUUCCUUGAUCGGUGACAUAUUCAGAAUAGAAGAGAGAUGGUUGCACCUUUUGCACAGAAAGAAAUCUAGAUUUUUGUGCCUGUGUCAAGAUGAUGAAAAUGAAUUUGUAUAUUAUUGACUGAAUAAUAAUAACUAAACUAACACUUCAAGACAUACUUAUACAUGUGUUUGUCAUUCCCUUUAAAAUUUGAUUGAAAUCAAUAUGGAAAGUAACAGUGAAAAAAAAUAGUGAAAGAAUGCAAUGUUUUAGGAAACCCGUUUUGCUCUCGUCUGUUUAAAGGGAUUCAGUUUCUUUUUUCCCUUCCCUUAGUCUUUGCCAGAAGAGGAAAAGCACUCAAAAUGUUGUGAGCCCUGAGGUCUUGCCUGGUCAAGAUCCCCACCACUGGAGACACCUGCAAAAUCAAGCAGGCAUCAGGUCAGUUACUUUUUCUUCUUAGGAACUCCAUGGUUGACAAAAUAAUUUUCUUAUUUUCUUUGCGUUGUUUCUUUUAUAAAUAUCUUACUCUACAAUUUCUAACAUUCAAGUGAAUAAUUUAGUUACCCAUCAAACUUUGGAUCUCAAAAGUAAAACACUGGGUAAAGUCCCUCAUUGAUGUAGUAUUUUGUGGUUGAGAAGAAGUGUAUGUGAUAUGCUAGAUUACUAACCCCUGCUGCCUGAUAUUGUGGUACAAUGAGCAUAUGUCGCAGCCCCACUUGCCUGAAGAGCACCAGAGCUUUUGCCACAGACAUGCUCUCUACCACCGUGUAAGGUGUUCUGUUAGUCAGAGGAUGCAAAUCAACAUACAUCUCCAUUUCAUCCUUUGUAACAACAACUUCUUCAAUCCUUCCCUUCCGUUCAGCCAGAUCAACCCAGGUAAAUUUCUCUUGCACUUCCCACUCCUCUGUUCUCCUUCUUUCCUGGAGGAACCACUUCUUCUUGAGUGCUAAAACUAGGUGAGCUCUCAGUAUUAUGCCAUGCAGUUCAGUUGCACCAUCUGCCAAGCCCACAGAAGGUGCCAUCCCCUCAUCUACAACGGGAAAUCCAUUGUGUGUAGUGUUUUUGAGGACAUCCACAAUAUGACCAACCUUUUCAAUCCCAUUAAGGGUGACUACUGGUGAUUUUGCAUCUGCAAGCUCACCUACUGUAAUGUUUCUCAUCCAUGGCUCAGGAUUAGCAUCCAAGAAAGGCAGACCUUUCAGCUCCAGAAUAAUCUCAUAAAUACUUGGAUUGAAGCAGUCUCCAACAGUUUUGGAAAUCAGAAGAACAAUCAUUGUUAUGGGUAGCAAGAGCAGAUUGUUGGUGAGUUCAAGAAAUAUAACACAAAGGGAAACAGUCAUCCUCAUUGAACCAGCCAUGAGCGAAGCUGCACCCAGAACGGCAUAAAGCCCUUGGUCAAUGUUUGUGUACGAUCCCAUGGCAACACCAAGCAUGCGGCCAUAAGCUGAGCCCAUAAGGAUGACAGGGAGGAAGAGCCCAGAAGGAACAGCAAUGCCGAAGGUGAAGAGUCCCAGCAUGCAAUACAGUGCAAAAAAGAUGACAAGGGAGAAGAUACGGAAUUCUGUCGGGGUGUUAGUGGAAAAGAUGUUCCGGACAGCAUCAUCAUUGGUGGUCAGGAGGAGAGUGGAUAAGUCAUUGUAGUAGCCAUCUGGGCAAUUAAAUUGCUUGAAGUUGCCUGCUCGUCCAGUGGUGGGGCAUGCAGAUUCUGGAAGGGAGGAGUCACAGGGUGUGCAACUGGCAAGAAAAGGAAUUCCAUAUAGGCAAGCUGAGGUAAACAAUGAGACUGUGAGACUUAGAAGGAGCUUAUAUAUUUUUCCUUUCCUGCAACAGAAAAAUUAAACUGAUGAUUAAUGAUCCAGGAAGUUAACCUUCGCACAUGGACGUUUUGUUGUUCUUGCUUAAUGAAUCAGUUUUCAUUGUUAUAACUAGGUAUCCUACCAUGAAAUUGCUGGUGGAAACUUGAUCAAUCAGGUCAAGGGUUAAAAAGAUGAGUUGGGGUAAUAGUCAGAGAGGUAUUAGGGAUAAUUGCUUACUCGUUUAUGAGAUUGUAAAGUCUGAGGACUUUGUGGAGAAGGUGGUUGUACAGGCUUCCCAAAACUCCGCCAAUAACACCUAUGACUGUGACAGGGAUGAGGUCCAUGACAUGGUAUCUCACGGUGACAUCACUUACAUCAAACAUAAUUAGCCCUCCCUGGCCAAAUAGUCCGCAAUUGCCAGAUUUGCAGUAUUCCAUAAAAGCUCUAAGAACCACCACCACAACUGCUGUGCUGAAGAAAGUU